CCACCCCUACCUCAAGAAGAACCAGGAACCCCUCCUGCUGCUGUUCAAGACCAGCCCGCACUCAUCCCUUACAAGACUCAACCUGAUUCAAUGGGUCUCUUCCGCAUAUACGCGCAACAUCCCACUUUGAUACUGAUCGGAAAUGAAGGCCUGGAUGCGAUUGCUGAUGCUCCGACCUUCGAAACUCAGGGCAAUUCUCAUUUGGAGCGAUCUCAGAUCGUUCCUGGACUUCCUUCCUCAGAUAUUCGGCCUGAAGAUAUUUUUUCUGCGUUCAGUAGCCCAACAGCAGGCCUUCUCUUUUGCUGGCAAUACUCUGGAUCUAACUCUAAGUCAAAUGCUGAAAUGAGACACCUU